AUGUCACAUAGGGAGGUUUACUGUGAUGCCAUUAACGUGACGUUUUAUUACGGUGAGAACUUAAGUUUACCAAUUGCUACUACUUCUAUACCUGAAUUUACGAUCAGGAGAAGAGAGGUUUUCUAUGAUGGUGAGACAAUUGAAACUUUUGAUGUGCCUUGGGAGGAUGCUAGAUCGGUUGUUUCAAAUGGAAGUACAGCUAUGUUUCGAGUUAACUUGGUUACCGAUAUCAGGUAUACUUCUACUCUUGCAGCGUUACUUAGAGAAUCUAUCCCGGAUGUUUUUCCACGUACAAGAAGAUACGGGAUGAGCGUAGGAGCUUAUAUAGACGUAAAUGAUCAUGGAAAGUCUACGGAGAAACUUAAUUGGCUAUCAUCUAUGGCUGCUCCAUUGCAAGUUGCUUACUGGGUUCGCGUGAUUGUUGCUGCAUUAUUAGUUCUUUUGUUACCUAUUUCCCUUUAA